AUGUUGAUGCAACGUUGUUUUUGGCCCGUGUUGUUUAUUCUGUUAUCGAUCAUUGUUGACAUUGAUGGUCGACAACAAUCGAAAAUUCAACCACCUAUGCCAUUUAAACUCUCUCAUUUGACUUCGAAUCAACGUGGUAAUAGACAGUCGACAGAAGUACAGCAGAUGAAUCCUUGCAAUGGAACAUAUAUCCGAACAAAUGGAACAACAUGUGGUUUGAAAGAAAUUAUUAUUGGUCGUUGUUAUCAAUAUCAAUAUACAAAUCGUGGACCAUAUUUCAAUUAUCAAACAAAUACGAAGGAUUGUACGGAACUUUAUGAAGCAUUCGAAAGAGCUGUUCGAUACAAACCUUUUUGUGAAAUCAAUAUGAGUACAUAUGAAGAAUAUUUCAAACUCACACUGAAAGAUAUAAAACCGAUCGAUCGAGGAAUGUUUUGGAGUGGUACCAAUAUGAUCGCUCAUAUUUAUAGUAAUAAUGGUCAUAAUUACAUAACAUUAGAGGAUACACUGGCUGCAGUGAUGUUAAAUCAGUUGACGUGGUGUGGUAAAGCCAAUGAUUCGAUUGGAUUUGAUUACGUUAAUUGUCCAGGAGCUUGUGAAGAAAACCCAUGGUCUGAUGUUGCAUUUUGGGGAUUGGCAUCGAAAACGUUUGCUGAAUCGGUCACUGGUGAAGUUCAUGUCGUUUUGAAUGGCAGUCGUGAUGCUACUGAUUUAGCAUUUCGUACCGAUUCGUUUUUUGCCAAAUUCGAAUUACCCAACUUUAGACGUGAUCAACAAUUUAAUGUAAUUCGAGUCAAUGUUCUUCUUUUACAUUCACCUGAUAUUCCCAUAAGAGAAAAGUGUGGUGAAAAAAGUCUUCUUAUUCUUGAAGAUCUAGUACGACAACGUGGUUUUGACUAUACAUGUGAAGAUGAUCCAGAUGCAUUGCUUAUGAUCAUGUGUGGAAAUGAAUAUAAUGCUCGAGAAUGUCAAGUUGCUCGACGUAUUCUUCGUCAAGAAUGGGAUGCCAAAUUAUUUGGACAAUCAUUGCAAAAUCAACCUGAAUUGUUUUUAUUAAUAUUUGUCCUCUUUAUCGUUAUGCUCUGUGCCGCUCUUUUAACGUGA